GUAUGCUGGAGCACAAUGAAAGGGAUCUGAGUGAGAAGGCACAGAAAAGGGAAUGAGACUUUGAGCUACAGUCUGAGGCUGACCUGAGCAUUCGUAUUAACAGUCUAAAUAACAGUUUGAUUAAAAUUUAUAAGGCAUUGUAUCCAAGAAUGGCAACUUGUUGGGGAUUUACACUUUUUCUCUGCAUGCUGCUGAUUGCGUGUGGAGGCUUGAGCCUGGCUAGUGAAGAAGCAGAAACCCGAAAUUCACAAACAGACACUGGGACGGCCUCAAGCUCUAACACAACUGGAGAAGGUGGUCAUGGAGUGGGGCCCAUCACUACACUGCCUAUUGUGACCUGGAAGUGGCAUCACAUCAGCACACAGUACCUGGUGGCCCUGUGGAUCCUGGUUGCCUGGCUCUGCAAACUCAUCAUUGAGUCCAACCACCAUGUCACCAGCGUCAUACCCGAGAGCGCCCUGCUCAUCUGUUUUGGUUUUGUUUUGGGUGGCAUGAUUUGGGGUGCAGACAAGGUGCAAACCUUCACACUGACCCCGAAAGUCUUCUUCUACUUCCUGUUGCCUCAAGUCAUUCUGGAUGCAGGCUACCACAUGCCAAACAAGCUCUUUUUCACCAACCUGGGUGCCAUCUUGGUCUAUGCUGUCACUGGGACCUGCUGGAAUGCUGCCAGUUUGGGGCUGUCGCUGUGGGGGUGUCACAUGGGAGGACUCAUGGGUGACCUGGACAUCAGUCUGCUGCAGUAUCUUCUUUUUGGCAGUCUGAUGGCUGCUGUGGACCCCGUGGCCGUCAUCGCUGUGUUUGAGCAGGUCCACGUUAACGACGUCCUCUUUAUCAUAGUGUUCGGAGAGUCGCUGCUCAACGAUGGUGUAACAGUGGUGCUCUUCAAUGUUUUUGAUGGAUUUGUGUCACUGGGAGGAUCCCAAAUUGUUGCUGCAGAAAUUGUUAAAGGAAUAGUUUCCUUCUUUGUGGUUGCAUUUGGUGGUUCCCUUGUGGGCAUAGCAUUCGGCAUACUAAUUUCACUUCUGACCAGAUUCACAAAAAACAUCCAGAUCAUCGAGCCAGGCUUCAUCUUUGUCAUGGGAUACCUUUCCUACCUGACUGCUGAGAUGCUUUCUCUGUCUGCUAUCCUUUCGACUGUCUUCUGCGGUGUGUUAUGUCAGAAGUACGUCAGAGCAAACAUGCAUGAGCAUUCAGUCCAAACUGUCAAAUAUGCCAUGAAGGUUUUCGCCAAUGGAUCAGAAACCAUCAUCUUUGUUUUCCUCGGUAUCUCGGCCAUCGAUAAGAUUAUCUGGGUUUGGAACACGGGCUUCAUCCUCCUCACAGUCUUCUUCGUCUUUGUGUAUAGAUUCAUUGGUGUGUUUUUCCUCACCUGGAUCCUCAACAGGUACAGGCUGGUCCCGCUGGAAUUCAUAGAUCAGGUGAUUAUGAGCUACGGUGGCCUACGAGGAGCUGUUGCGUAUGGCCUGGCUGGGAUGCUGGAUGAAAACAAGAUAAAAGAGAAAAACCUGAUGGUCUGCACUACACUUAUUGUGGUGUACUGCACUGUCAUCUGGCAGGGAAUAACGAUGAAACCUCUGGUCACGUGGCUGAAAGUAAAGAGAGCUGAAGUGAAUGAGCUCACACUCCUAGAAAAAAUGACAAACAAGAUGUUUAAUCACACUCUGGUUGCCAUAGAAGACAUAUCAGGACAAAUAGGACACAACUACUUGAGGAGCAAGUGGAAGUCUUUUGAGGAGAAGUGGAUAUCGUGGAUUUUGAUGAAGCCAUCUGCAAGGAAGAAACAAGAUGAAGUUUUUAAUGUCUUCCAUCAGCUGAACCUCAAGGAUGCCAUGGAAUACGUGGCUGAAGGCGAGCGUAGAGGCUCACUGGAAUUUAUCCGUAAAGAAAGUGUCGCUAUUGAUUUCAGGAAAAAGUUUGAAAGUGAAUACUCAGAGGACAUGCCUGACAUGAGGGCGAACAUGUCAAAUGGUCACCAUGCAACGUCCACUAUGAGAGAGCGUAUUCCAUCAGUGAGCGUGGAAAUGCACGAGCACACCAUGAAGGCUAUGACGGAAGCUGAGGCAGUUAACGCUCACCACCUUCUGGAUCAGCAUCUCUACAAGAGCAGGAAACAGCAUCGUCACGGGUUCAGUCGCAGCAAAUUCAUAAUUAACAAAGAUGAGAAAGAAGUCCAGGAGAUCUUCCAGAGAACCAUGAAGAACCGAAUGGAGUCUGCAAAGAUGGGCGGUUCACCAAAGACAAUCGUCAAGCACACAAAGAAGGAACACCAGCGGAAGAUGCCAAAAGGAAAGUCAAUAAGCCAGACUAAACUCUGCUAUUCUGGUGAUGAAGAUUUUGGGUUCUCAGAGGGAGAUAGCGCCUCAGGCUAUGACUUGCCAUACCCUUCUUUCCCCAUGAGAGAUUCCAAACCAGGAGGAGGAAUUGAGAACUCAGCCUUUGUGCCAGAUUUGUACUCCACGGAUUCGUUGCAGACCCCUCCAUGGCUGGCAGAGGGUGAGCUUGACAGCAGCAUGGUGGCUCCAUCACUGCGAGCCCAGGCAAGCCCGCCCACAUCACCGAUCGAAAUGCGCCACCUGGGGCUUCUUCGUAUCAGCACUCGCUCUACUGACACAAAGCAGAUGAACAAUGAUCAAUUGCCACUGCCACCAACACCUCCUCCUCCUCCACCUCCCAGUGGCCACAUGUAACUGGAUCCCAAUCCCAGCACCCUGUUCUGUCUCACUUGAACCUGGGACAAAGACAUAAAACAAACCUCAGACUUCUACUCUCAUAUUGACCAGGAAAUGUUUUCUUUUCCGUGACUGUGUUUAGCUACUGUGUUUCUACACAGAACAUAUACAGUUUCAUAACCUCUGUGCUCUUCAAACAACCCCUGCUGUUUUUAGGUUCAGCCUUCACUUGACAAAGAAAAACUGCACUGAAACAAAUCCUUUAUGUUCAACAUAAAAGAUAUGUUGAACACCCUCAUAUAAUCUGUGGUUUGUAGUAAAUCUGCUAUUGAAAACCAUUAUUUAAGGAUUUUUAAAAAUAUUUUAAUAUGAUGCCAAAACUUUUCAAAUGAUGUGGAUUUUCUGUAUAUAUCAAUAAUAACAACAGGGUUUAAAUAGAGUGAUUUAAAAUAGUUUGUGAAUCUAUAAUCCAUAGAUUCGUAUUGCACAAUACAACGAAAACUUUCACCACCAGGGGGCACUAUUUUCCCUGUCAAUGUGAGAUAUACUAUUACUA